AUGGCUUUUAAGUUCUUGGCUUUGCUCGCCCUGGUUGCCGCUGCUAGCGCCCUUGUUCUGCCAGUUGCCGUCAAACACAUCGCGUACCCAGAUGCUCCAGCCGAAUAUCAGUUCUCGUACUCCGUUCACGAUGACACUACCGGAGACAUCAAGAGCCAACAGGAGGAACGUCACGGAGACAACGUUGUUGGACAGUACACUCUAGUCGAUGCCGAUGGUUACCGUCGAGUUGUUGACUACACCGCUGAUGAGCACAAUGGAUUCAACGCUGUCGUCCGACGUGAACCACUGACCCAGAAGGUUGUCAAGACUAUUGUCCCCGUAGCCAAGUUCGUGGCCCCAGUUGCCCACCACUACGUUUCUCCAGUAGCCAAGGUCGCUUAUCCAAGCUACUAUCACUAA